AUGGUCGAUGUCACGCUCCGUAUUUUGGUGGUUGGCGGCGGCAUGAACACCGUAAAGACAGUCAAAAUAUCGCUCCGUGCGUCUGUUUUCGAUCUUAUCAAGGUCGUCCACGACAUUGCAGCAUUGGAGUUCGCCAAUUACCUGCCUGAAGAGCUCGGUAUAUGGAAAAUUAUUCUACCACUGUAUCCUCAACCCGAGCCAAUACGAGGGCCGUACAAAAGAUAUUAUCGUCUCUCGCCGACGGCUCUCGUUUCUGAUUGCUUCGAACCCGAGUUUAUCCCUCAUGACACCGACACCCAGGAGGCUGUUGUGAUGCCCAAACGCCUCAGAAGAUCUAUGCCACGUGGGGUAAACAAAGGCAUUGAUCCAUACGACAAGCUCUGGGAGGACCUGUGGCUUGCACGAGAGGAUACCGGGGUCCCGUUCUUCCAAAAGCACCCCAUUUACAGAGAUGGUACUCUUCAAUGCACUGAUGCCGAAGUCUCAAGUGCAGCCUGGUCCAUGCAGAUUCCCCACUGCGUGUAUCCGGCCAGAUUGACCCAGAUCACGCAUGCCCUUGUGCGGAGCGAUUACUUCGAAGCUUUCCGUAGCCUUUUCCAGGCCGCUGGGACUGUAAACCCCGUCGAAGUGCGUUUCACACUGACAGGGGGACCUGCAAUCGGCAAAACAUUUUGGUUAAUCCUCGUGCUCGUGCUGCGCCUCCACGCUCGCCUUCCUACCGCUUACCAAGUCCGCCCAAACCAGAUCUUGUUCUUUGACGAACACGGCGUACAGGAGCUCUUCACCCUUAAGGGCCAGAUGUUCGACAUCGCCCUUCGGCGUCAUGAACCCGGAGACGUCUGGGCGCUUGUCGAUUCCAACGAGUGUCUCCAAGGAGCUGACGAUAGAUACCACUUCUCCAAAAUGUUCAUCGUUGAGGCGACCACGCUUGACUCGGAAGGUGGAGUGUGCAAGGGGGAGUUGGCUAGCAGACGAGUGUCAGAUUUUAUCCUGGACCCUUGGACCAUCUCAGACAUCAUAUGCGCGCGAGGAUUGAUCAGAGACAAAGUACCGUCCGAACGAGCCAUGAAGGAAUUUAUGGACAAGUACGGCGCCGGAGCCUCUCCGCGCGAUGUUUACAUCUAUGCAAAUGCACCUGCGGCCUACGAGGAUCGAGCCAUGACGCUCCUAUCGACGCUCUCCGCGGCCUCCCCUUCAAAUCCCAUAAUCGUAUACGAGCUGUCGAUCAAAUUAGGACUCGUCGUCCUGCGCCGGACUGCACCUAUUUCGUGCGAUUUGUAUACACCCCAACUCGUCUCCAAGCACAUCGCCAACCUCGUCGCCGGCACGUCUCUACUGUCAGACGAGCUCGUGCAGUCGCUGUUCAAGAUAUUCCUCAUAUAUAUGCCCUAUUCACGCCAGUCGGCUGCUUGGGUGUUGGAGGCCCAUGCUCGUCGUUUCAUUCGCCCCGAGGGGACGAGUUGGGGGCUGCUUGCUCCGAAGGGCGAGGGAACUUUCAGGUAUGUGCGGUGGUGGGAAACGCCUGUGGCGUACCUGGCUGUCAGUCCUGGAGCCAAGAUGCUCUCGGUAGGGGUUAGCCCCCUUGUCUAUUCGGACAUUGACCCGGAGAGCGUCGAUGGUCAAGAUUCAGACAACGUCAUAGAAUGCGCCGAUGUUGACUACCUCCUCCUUUACUCCAAGCCCGACAAGCAUGCCGUCAUCUUCCAGCCCCGUGUUCCCGUAGACCCUCCUUUCGAGUUUGAGUGCACUAUCAAGCGCCGUCUCCGAGAGUUGAGGGAACGCGGGACCCAGAGGAUCACCUAUAUCAUCGUCCCGCUAGGCUGCAUGGCACGUCCGGUGUUUUUGAAGCUGGAUGACUUGGUGGACGAAUGUUACGAGGCGGCACUUAUGCCUGACUGUACACGGCGCUAUGGGAUGUUUAUCUAA